AUGCCGUCGCCGGACGCGGCGGCGAGGCACGCGGGCGCCGGCGUGGCGCGUCGGCAGGCCCACCACGAGCGGAUGCGCGACGAGCGCGCUCGGGAGGCGGCCGCGGGCAACGCGGAGCUUCCGCCGGAGGACGACGCGGUCGAGAUGGCGAGCGCCGCCCAGCUGCUGGACAGCGUGGCGGAGGCGGGCCCGAACUACACCCAGCUGCGCAGCAAGGAGACGAAGGCGAUGCGCCGGAAGCGAAAGCGCGAGGAUGCCUACAGAGCAAUCAUGCGCCGCAUCGCACAAGGCACAUCGUGCCGGUAG